AUGGCGUCCAUUAGGGAUCCUGCCGAUGUGUACCCGAGCGUAUACCGCCAUCCGUCCAACGAACUGUUGCUAGCUACAACCUUGAACUGGAUUUAUACCUCGUACUGUAGGUUCGUGUUUCCCUCCCUCCAAGCCGUGUCUCCGGUUGCCUCGGGUUCCCCAAAAGGAAAACCCACGCUCAACAAGGCGUCGGCGGCCGAGGUGUCGUUCGACGUCAAAGGAACGACCCCCAAAAAGGAAAAUCGUAAAAAUCCGGAAUCACUUUACAGCCCAGAGGAAGUAACAAAGCGGUCGCAUGGGCGCAACUAUUUCGAUUGGAAUACUUUCGUGUCGGAGCCGGACAUACCUCGACUGAGGCACAGAACCGGUAGCUGGUGGUACGCACAGGGACGCACACACAUCGAUAAUCCACACGAGUUUAUAACGAUCGACCAGGUACACUCCUACCGGAAGCGACAAUUUUCCGAAGCCCACGCCAAACACACAGGCAGCAACUUUUCACUGUACAACAAAUCGGAGCCGUUGCUUCCGUCGCUGACAGACGCCCAUCAGACGGAGUACAACGAUCAGUAUCAUCGACGGAGACGUAGUAUUUACGAUCGAGCCUUACCACUGCGGAGAAGCACCUCGCUGCAUAUCGAACCGGGCACGAUGAAGGGUUUGUCCGAGAAUCACUCCAAGUUUGUCAGCUAUUCCCAGGACACGAUCCAGAAGUCAAAACCGGCUGCCGUACGUCCAGAGGAAAACUUCCAGCUGCCGGACGGCGGUACCACGCAAGGUACGGGUCUCGCCAAUGCGUCUUCCGAGUACAAGUCGUCCUUUCUACCGUACGACUUCCUGCCCGACAGUAUGGACCAGCGGUUCCGUCACCGCAGUGACACCACCGGCAGCAAGCGGGACGACCUGAGCGCGUCCGACUCGAAGCUGCACAACCGGGAGCAGCUGACGCGCAGCAACCUAAGACUGUCCGGCGAGGCGACGUUCGAGCCGGAGUACAAGCGGCAGUACGGGUUGCCGCAGGCGGCGGACAAGUCCCGGUCGACGCCGCAGUUGAACAACAUUGCGUUCACCGGCAACUUCCGGGAGGCACCGUCCGAGUACAAGGAGUGCUACAAGUACUACGAUCACUUCACCAAGAGUGCCCCCAUCCGGAAGUUCGACAACCUGAGCCUGCACGGUACGAUCGAGUUUCGGCCGGAGUACAAGGAGAGCUACCGGGAACUGCCACCGGGCGGUGUCGGCGACCAGUGGCGCUCCCAGUGCGUCGUGCGGAAGGACAAUCUGUCGCUCAAGGGUGAAUUCCUCGGGCGGGAACCGGAGUACAGUUACAGCUUUCGCAACCCGCACAUCAAGUGCAAGCCGGAGAAGGCCAAACCGAAGGACAACUUCCUGGCGAUGCAGGGUGACAUGGACUAUACGCCUAUGUAUCGCUGUUCUUACGUUGACUAUCCACGCUCCCGGCCACUGGUGAAGAAACCGGUCUGCAGCAUCAACCUGGAGGAUGUGUACGAAAAACCACCGCAUCGUCGGACCAGCCGCCGGACACCGUCCCCCAUCAAGUACAAUGUGCAUGCUGCCGGUACGGCUGCGGCCACCACCAACGCGGGCACCACUCCGGAAGGCAACAAGGGUGACGUACUGCAGACCUUCGUCGCUCAGCCCGAGUAUCGUAAGGCACAGAGGGAGCUGAUGAUCAAGAAGCGAUCGCCACCGAAGGAACGGGGCAGUCUGCUGGCACAGAAGAUCCUCCAGGAUGGCCAGCUUUCGGCCGUGGUCAAUCAAGCACCGCUUCCCGUUGUGCAGGUUCACGAUACGACCGGUGGUAGCAGCACGAACGAAGGUUACGCCACCACCACCACGACGACCAGCACCACGAAUGCCACCGGAACUACCACCAGUACGACGCGACGCCACGAUACCCGGCCGGCCAGUCCGGUGCAGCUGCCCGUACGGAUAGCGAAGCACGGCCGCCGGGCGAAAUCGCCCAUCAUUGCGAUCCAGCGUGAGAACGAACCGAUCAUCUUCUACAAGGAUCUGCACCGGAAGGGUGACCACAGUGUGCGUAAUCGCACGAAGGUGAUCGAAGCGAACGCGGCGUACCGUAAGGGUAACCUACAGGCGACCCCCCGGGGAAUAGUGAAAAAGUCCGGGGUUGGGGACAAGCUGAAGACGGGCACGCAGUCGUUCGUUGUACUGAAUGCGCCAACCAAACGCCGAACGACCCGAUGGGCCGAACCGGCAACGAUCUAUGAUUCGCAUUUUUACUGA